AUGAGUUCAGAAAUGUCAAAGUCAUACCAGAAAAAACUUCAGAAGAUCCUGCGUAAGAGGGAGAAGCGGAAACUAGAAAAGGGUCGAAGAAAGGCAGCUUUACGUGAAAAGACGAAAGCAACUGUGGCGCAAAAUUGUUACCAUAGCAAAAAGUUCCAAAAAAUGGAAAUCUCUCAGAAAUUGGACAUGGCGUUGAGUGAUGGAAUAAAAGUGUACAUAGACUGUUCGUAUGAAGCUCUCAUGUCCCUCAAAGAAUGCAAUAAGUUCGCUCAGCAGCUGUGCCGACUCUAUGGUGCUAACAAAAAGGCUUCAACGCCCCUAAGCCUGCAUCUUGUGAAUUUUUCUAAUUCGGGAACUUUAUUCCAAGCAUGUCAGACUAAAUGUGAUGGAUUUUCAAAGUACAAGAUUGGAUUUCACAAUGGAACAGCAUCUAGCAUAACUGAAGAUGAUGUGGAGUUGGUUUAUCUAAGCCCAGACGCACAAGAACCACUCUUAUCUCUCUCCAGAAAGUGUGCUUAUGUGUUGGGAUGUCUUGUAGAUGAACACAUACUAAAGGGUCGCAGUCUUCAAGAAGCGGAGCUGCAACGUUGUCGUGCCGUACGACUUCCAAUCCAAGAGUUUUGCGACCAGGAUACAUCAGGCAGGAAAUCUAGUCCUGUGUUAGCAAUCAACCACGUUAUCGACAUCAUGUUAGCCUAUAUCGCAAACGGCGGCGACUGGAAAGCAGCAAUAGAAGCCGGUAUGCCAAAACGAUUUAAAGUAGUGUAA